AUGGCGAAACUGUGGGCUCUCCUGCUGAUCGCUCUCGCAGAGUUGAGCGCCAGUCGUGCAUGGCCAGGGGACCGCCCGUACAAGGACCCCAUUAUCCCUGGAUUCAACCCUGACCCGUCGUGCACGCGCGUCGGAGACCAGUUUUAUUGCGUGAACAGCUCGUUCAACACGUUUCCUGGUAUUCCAGUCUAUACGUCCAGAGACCUCAUUCACUGGGAGCAAAUCGGGAAUGUCUUGUCGCGGCAUGAGCAGCUUCCGCAAUUGGCUCAAGUUUACGGGUUUACUAGCGGUAUCUGGGCUUCCACCAUCCGCUACAACAACGGGACCUUCUACUUGACGACCACCCUAGUCUGGGACAAGUUCGCCGCCGAUGACCCGACGCGCUGGGACAACAUGAUAUUCACGACGACAGAUAUAUACGGUGACAACUGGAGCGACCCGAUCCACUUCUCGCCUCUCUUCCAGGGCUACGACGUGUCGCUGUUCUGGGACGACGACGGCAAGACGUACGUCCAGGGCUCACAUGCGUGGCACGUCUCGCCCGGGAUCUGGCAGUACGAGAUUGAUCUGAGCAACGGGUCAAUAUCGAACUCCGAGGUGCUGUGGACCGGGACCGGGGGCCUUGCGCCCGAGGGUCCGCAUGUUUACAAGAGAGACGGGUAUUACUACCUGCUGAUUGCAGAAGGCGGGACCGGUGUGAACCACAUGGUCACCAUGGCGCGCUCCAAUGCUAGCAUCCACGGCCCCUACGAGCCGUACACGCACAACCCCGUCCUGACGAACGCCAACACGACCGAGUACCUGCAGACGGUCGGUCACGCGGACGUAUUCGACGACACAGAGGGCAAUGUGUGGGCAGUCGCGCUCGCGACACGGAACGGGACGUGGGACUAUCCCAUGGGUCGCGAGACUGUGCUAGUCCCCGUGGUCUGGGAGACAGGUGCAUAUCCGCUAUUCAACCCUGCGGACCCGCUUAGGCCCCUGGCGCACCCCGACGGCGGCGUCCUAGUCGGGCACGACCAGACGAUCACUUUUUCACCGAAUAGGUCCCUCCCCCGACAGCUGGUCUACCUCCGUCUCCCGAAUCCGUCCGCCUACAUACUCGCCCCUCCCUCGAACCCCCACUCACUGUGUCUGAUCGGGUCAGCAGCGAACCUGACGGGGCCGGACGGUAUCUCGGGCACGUCGACGUUCAUCGGACGGCGGCAGGAGCACGUCGAAUUCACGACUGACGUGGAUCUCCAGUUCUCGCCCGGGCAGGAUGGCGAGGAGGCGGGCAUAACUGUCUUCCUGCAGCAAUUGCAGCAUUUCGAUCUGGGUGUGGUCGCGCUGAACGGCACGCGGUACAUGAGGGUGAAGACGACGACGCAUAACUCGACGGAUGGGGAUAUGGCGGACCCGCUGUCCAGGCCCGGCAUGGUGGAGUUGCCAGGUAAUGUCGGGCACGACUUGAAGCUGAGGGUGCAGGCGGUGAAUGCGAGCACGUACGUGUUUUCGUAUGCUGAAUCAGGGCAGGGUGCUGGGGAGGGGUGGAACGUCGUUGGGUAUGGGGACGCUAGUGAGGUUAGCGGCGGUUUCACGGGGACUAUAAUUGGGAUGUAUGCAACCGGGAACGGGCGAAAUUCGACGUCCCAGGCUUGCUUCAGCACAUUUUCCUACAGAGGCGUGCAGAAUGUGUAUUGACUGUGACGGAGUGAGGUGCUUGCAUAGUAGCGGGAAUAUGUCUACGCACUUCCGAUCAAAACCCC